UAAUUCUCACUGAAACGGCUUGUGCGGAUGCGUGAGCUUCGUGCAAUAUGAUUCGGGGGGGAUUCGGACGUUAACUGUAACUCAUUUUUUGAUUUAGAAGGAUUAUUACUCUUAUUUUUAUUUUACCAGAAGCUCUUCAGAGACAAACUGGUCAGCAGCCCUUCCUGCCCUGCACCGACACAUUGCUCCCAGUGUGAGUCUGUGCACCUGCUGACUGGCAUCCUGUGCAGAUCGUCUCGUCAGGAUCCAGAGAUAACUCCACCUGGAAACGAGUUCGGAUGUGGCAAGCAAACUGCAGACGGAUGCAUAAUUUAGCAGACUGGAUUUCGGGGACAGUGAUGGGAGGCUGUGUGGGGAGGAGUAGGAUGGAUGGACAAGGGAGUGCCCGCAGCUCGACGAGGAGCAAAAAACGUGGAGGACGUAAUGAACCCCUCAAGAAGGAGCGCCCAAAGUGGAAAAGUGAGUACCCUAUGACGGAGGGCCAGCUGAGGAGCAAGAGGGAUGAGUUUUGGGAUACAGCCCCGGCUUUCGACGGGCGGAAAGAGAUCUGGGAUGCACUCAGAGCAGCCGCCCUGGCAGCGGAGUGCAAUGACCUGGAGCUAGCACAGGCUAUAGUGGAUGGAGCCUGCAUCACUCUGCCACACGGCUCCCUCACAGAGAGUUAUGAUGAACUUGGCAAUCGUUACCAGCUGCCAGCGUACACUUUAGCCCCGCCCGUCAACCUCAUCAGUGAAACGUGCACUGACAACAAAGUGACAGAGAACACACAGAAACAAAACCAACCCCCUGUGUGCAGGCAGGAGUUCCAGCUGAGGGUCCGACUGUCAUCAGGGAAGGACGUGCGUCUGACAGCCAGCUUGGCCGACUCCAUCGCCGAGCUAAAGAAACAACUGGAGGAGCAGCUAGAAAUCGACGUGAGCCACCAGAGGUGGUUCUUCUCCGGAAAGCUCCUGACCGAUAAGACUCGCCUGCAAGACGCCAAGAUCCAGAAGGACUACGUGGUCCAAGUGAUUGUCAACACGAACCCUCCAGUCAUAGCUAACUGAGGACAGAGGAUUAUAAAAGGACGUGCCAGGGAUAGGAGUUAGGGUUUGAAACCACUUUCAAGUUGGUCCUGCAGUUGAACUUUGUGUACAUUUUUAUAUAAGAAAUAUUGCUUUUAUAUUGCUCCUUUUUGUAUUUUUUUCCUUUUUUCCAAAUGAAGUAGGAAAUAUUGAAAAGCACUGAAACACUUUAGAGUAGAAGUAGAGUCCUAAGAUGCACAUCCCAGUGUCUGUCUGUCCGCCUGUCUUUCUGUUUUGUGUUGACAUCAACUCACAGCUCUAAUGUUUACACUGGUCCCCCUCCUCUUCAUGUGUUUGUAUUUGUGCUGAAUUGAUAAAGUGAAUAUGAUUCACAUGGGGACCCGAGUAAGGAAAAUCCAUUCUCUCUCUUCUUAUCUUUCCUUUUUUUUUUAAAGAUUUCUGUCAUGCUGUUUGAGAAGUAAUGUAAUUUAACUGGCAACAAACUGUAGAAAAAAACUGUAAAUAUCAGUUUCCCUUUGUGUUGUUUGGUCAUGUAUGUAUGUAUGUGCACUCUACAUUUUCAAUUCACAGCUGUAUAUUCAUGAUAAAGACACAGAAUGUAAUGACAGGCACCUUUCUAAAAGGUAAUCAGAGACGAUCAGAUCCGUUUUUUUUAAUGCCAUCACUCCAAACCAGAUACUGUAGUUGUAUGUACAAUAUGAUGCUCAUUGUACUUGAAUAAAUUAUCAAUAAAUAUUGUAAAUUUAAA